AUUUUACGCUGUCAAGGGUUAAAACCUCUUAAACCCUAAAAAGCAUGAGACGCCAUAGCCAUGGCGGAGAGAGGGCUCGAUCUCAGUUUCCCUCCAUGUCUCCACCUUUUCUCGGCCUUUCUCGCCAUGGAACCAACCCACAUCUUGAUCUCCUUAGCCCGGGAUUGUGGUGGAGGUUCGGUCACAGAGAGAGUACAGAGCUUCAUCUGGAACCACUGCAUAAGCAAUCCUGAUGGAAAAUCCCGAAUGCCAUACUUGAAAAGUUUUCUGAAGAAGCUUAUUGUUGAAGUUGAAUCCCAAGGUCUUGAAGUCUUGGAUGAAUUGUAUGAACGGUUUGCCUUUUACAUGACUUCAUUGAAGGAUGAUUAUUCUGCAAAAGCAAACACAAGGAUCGUGAAAUGCAUUUCGUUUCUCUUUCCUGACGGUUGUUCUGAUCUCCCAAGUUGCCCAAAAACAAGGAAACUGGUGGUUCCACUGCAAUGUUCACUCAACAUGCUUGAAGGUGAUACUGGGUGUUCAAUUUGGCCUUCAAGUCUUUUCUUGUCAGAGUUCAUCCUUUCCCACCCGGAAUUAUUCUCUAAUAAAUCUUGUUUUGAGGUUGGUUCAGGUGUUGGUUUGGUUGGCAUUUGUCUUGCCCACAUAAAAGCAUCCAAGGUGAUGCUAAGUGAUGGUGACCUGUCAAGUUUGGCAAAUAUGAAGCUUAAUUUGGAGUUAAACCAUCUGAGCGUUAGAACAGAUUUGUCAGAAAGAACCAUUGAAGAUCCAGAUUUGGUGAAAUGCAUUCAUCUGCCGUGGGAGUCUGCUGUGGGAAGCGAGCUUCGCGACUUCUUGCCUGACAUAAUAUUGGGUGCAGAUGUAAUGUAUGAUCCCUUGUGCCUUCCACAUCUUGUUCGAGUUCUUGCCAGUCUUUUGGACUCUGAAAAUUCAGACACUCAUCUCUGCAGUGAACACUGCAAUGGCAUUCAACCAGGUAGUAAAGCUCGCAAUGCUGAUUAUAGCCGUGGCUCUGAUACAUGUCAAGGCGAGGCAGUGCCUGAUGAUGGUCCAAACACUGAAUAUGCGUGUUGUGCAUCAAAGGAAGGUCCCAAGGCAUUUAUUGCUUCUGUCAUACGGAAUAUUGAUACAUUUAACCGUUUUCUUGAGUUAGCAGAUGAGGCAAACCUCAGUGUUGAGGACGUAACUGAGAAAUUUAUGCUGUUUGAUUUGCUUCCCUACAUGCAAUCUUACAAUCGAUUGAGUAUACGACUGUUUACUCUUACCCAUUUAUGAAAGUGACUUUUGACAUGUUUCUCGAAA